UGUGGCCGUAGUCGGGCUGUAGAGUGCUGUCCCCACAAGAUCCGAAUAGUUCUGCACACCACCACCUAGUCAUCGCAACAGUACCAUUUGCCGGCUUAGAGCGGCAACAACUGUUCCAACAAAGUGCGCGGUGUUACAACAACUGUAAACUGCUGCUUUCGUUGGCGGCUAGAGUGUGUCGUACCGUACGACGUAACCUGUGAUUCAAAACAAACAAUCAAACAUACACCAUGGUUGGUCCCAGUUCACAAAUCAGCAAGAUUUUGCUGACUUUACUCUUCCUGUUGAUUAUUUUCUUCAUUUGGAUGGAUGUGAAUCUAUACAUUCGCAUCCAGGACUAUCCAAUACGAGACAACGAGAUUCGAUUGCUGAAUGGCAGUACCGUGCUGAAACCCACCCUACCUAUGGCAUCGUCAUCGGCGGCGUACGUUACUUCAGCAAUCCCACAUCGGCAGCCGCAGCUUUCGGAAGCCGCUCGGUACGAAGAUGUGACUUGGGUAUCAUGCGAUCUAAAUCCCUUGUGUGACGUUACGGUGAAAGCUAUGAUGUUGGACCAUGCUAAUCACUAUCUCUUUGCACCGUUAGCAACUAUAGCGGAUAACCUGGCUGGAUUUUCAAAAGGGGACAUAAUUACACCCAACGCGAUUUCAUUUUUCCACGUAUUUGUAGCAAUCGCUUCCGGACGGAUGGUAGCUUCGGAUUCGUUAGGUUAUCGAAGAAUCGGUGUGGUGCUGUUCCAAUUUCGAACCUUUUUGGAUGAUCUAGACGGACAUGUGGCGCGAGCUAAGAAACACAUCCGAGGAGAACGGUCGGAUAUUGGCUCGGCCGGUUACUACAUCGAUGGAAUUUGCGAUGGUUUAGGCUGCAUUGCAUUGAUGAUUGGCGUUUUCAUUUUUCUGAAAAACAAUCCUCCGCGAAGAGGUUACACGCAGCUGCAGUCGAUUAUUCCAGUUGCAGAAUCUAAAAACUCCGAAUCAGGCGUGGUCUACAAGAUUAAGGUAACUACCAAAAAGGUCGUCCGGAAGGUUCUCUGCUACAGUGGGAUUCUGCUGCUCAGCUCCACCGGAUGGAAUCGUUACAUUGCCAUAUACCAGGAUAUGCUCGAACGAGAAGAUGUCACGCCAACGCAGUUUAUGCACCAGGAGUCGGUGUUCCGUUCGACCGGAUUCUUUUUCAUCUGUUGGCUGUGGCGAAUCUUUAAUGUGCACGCGCUGUUGCAUUUCCUGCUGCUGAGUAUCUUCUGUGAUAAAUUGUGGGAGUACCUGCGCAUGAUUCAGUAUGCUGGCUUUGUGACAUUGUUGGUCAUCAUCAGCGUGGCCGAAAUGCAUUUGCUCGGAGUGCAAAAUUUUAUCUAUAAAUCGCUGACUGGUAACAAUACAUCGUUGUGAUUAAACUAAGUGAGUACGAGAUAAUGAAAAGAACCUACGUCCUGAAGAACAAACUCCCUUACGUCCCACUUAUUAUUAUUACCUAUUCGUUAGCAUUUUUUUCUAAUAGUAUACUAUUAUACUGUACCCGUAGUAGCCAAGCAGAAAGGCCUUAAGCGGUGGUACAGCGAGUGCUGUGCGUCGAAAAAAAAACAUUUGUUUAAUGCGCCGUGUUUAUUAUAGUCAGACACUCAUCACACAUACUUGUACAGCCCAUCUGUUUACUCUAUCCGUUAAUUGUUAAACCGUUUUUAAUUACCUUUUAAAUAGGAGCCGUGAAAAUAUGGAUAAUCCAACAAAAAAAAACAAAAACAACCAGUUUGUUGUGGUAACAGAAGUAAAUCUUCAACGAAGUGACAUAAACUACAAACAAUAAACAGAUGAAACUAUGUUCAGUGUUGCAAUUACUAGAUAAAAAAAAAACAAAACAAAACAUUUUCUAUUUUUAGUUUCUAAGUCUAAUACACAGAGAGAGAUGCGAAAUAGCUCUAUAUAUAUUUAGAAGAUAGUAUAUUAUAUUGAAGGGCGAACUUAUGGAACGAAAACAAUAUCACUUUCUACUUCCCCGCGAUAAAUCCGUCAUUUUUUUGCGGUGAAGCGCCUACAAGGCACACAGUUGCACUGGACAGCAGUAAGAGCUGAAAUAGGUUUAGUGUGGUCUAGUUAAGAGGCAAACGCAAGCAGCACGAGAAUUAUUAGUAUGCAUUACCUAGUAACAGGCAAAGUUACGCGCACUGAUUUUGCGGCGAGUUUGAAGUUAUUGAUGUGUUGUGAAGCUUUUUAAGCGAUGGGAAAUUAAUGUGAGAUGCAAAUAUAUGUACGUGUAUAUGUGAAGUUUAAAACUA